UUGAAGCAAAGGCUAUCCUUUGAUUAAACAAAUAUACAUUUCUUUUCUUCUUUCUCUUGCUAUGUCUUACAAGUUUUAAUUUUUGGAAAACCAAGAUCCCGUUGAAGGGUUUUCAAUUUGUUUAAGGUUUGGGUUUAGCAUGGAAGGUGAUUGUUGUUCAAGUUCGACGAGCGGAGAGAUGCGGAAGGUGCAAAGGCAACAGAAAAAGGAGAAACCAUUUAGAGGGAUAAGGAUGAGGAAGUGGGGGAAGUGGGUGGCUGAAAUCAGGGAACCCAACAAGAGGUCCAGGAUUUGGCUCGGUUCUUACACUACACCUAUCGCCGCCGCCCGCGCCUAUGACACCGCCGUUUUCUAUUUGCGCGGCCCUUCAGCAAGGCUCAACUUCCCCGACCUCGUUUUACAAGAAGAGGAAAAACUUAGGGACAUCUCAGCCGCUUCCAUACGAAAGAAAGCAACCGAGGUUGGUGCUAAAGUCGACGCCUUACAGUCGACGUCGCCGUCGCUUCAUCAUAAUCAUGCUUCCGCAUCGGAAUCACCGAAUAAUACUCAUCAAGUUUUCCAGAAUCCUGAUUUGAAUAAGUACCCUGAAAGUUCUGGAGAAGAUUGAGUCCAUAUAAUAGUGAUGAUUGAUGAAAAUAACACUCCCCUACUGGAAAUCCCCGGAAAAAAACUACAGUUCAUGGGCGCCAUUUUUUUCUUCUUUUGUGUUUAUCUCAUCGAAAAGGAACCAGUGAGUGAAAAAUGGUUUGGUUCUGUUUGAUAAGGUUGUAUUUUUCUUUGGAAUACAAUUAAACUUUAGUUUAUGGCUUGUAA